CGUCACAUGUUUUUAGACUUUAGUACAUCACUGCUCACACAUUCACGUCCGGUCGCCGACCUCUCCAGCUUAUAACUUCUCCCGUCGUUUUUCCCUUCUAUGUUUCUUAGGAAGCAAACAGUAGUCUUUCUGCCACUAUAAAAGAGAGAGAGAGAGAGAGAGAGAGAUGGAAGGCAUAGAGCACAGAGUUUUGAACGUGAAUGGCAUAAACAUGCAUAUAGCAGAGAAAGGCCAGGGCCCAGUGAUUCUCUUCCUGCACGGUUUCCCCGAGCUCUGGUACUCGUGGCGGCACCAGAUCUUAGCAUUUGCUUCCCUCGGUUUCCGAGCCUUGGCUCCGGACCUCCGUGGCUACGGCGACACGGACGCGCCGGCAUCGCCCACGAGCUACACGAGCCUCCACGUGGUGGGCGACCUCGUUGCGCUCCUCGACGCCGUGGCCGCCGACCAGGACAAGGUCUUCGUGGUGGGUCACGAUUGGGGCGCGCUCAUCGCCUGGGCUCUGUGCCUGUUCAGGCCGGACAAGGUGAAGGCUCUGGUCAACUUGAGCGUGGUGUUUAGUCCCAGGAACCCUAAAAGGAAGCCUCUAGAGUCCUUGAGAGCUCUUUACGGAAAUGACUAUUACAUUUGCAGAUUUCAGGAGCCUGGAGAUAUAGAAGCUGAGUUUGCCCAGACGGGUACUGCAACUGUUCUUAAGGAGUUUCUAACGUACCGGAAUCCAGGUCCAAUUUAUUUUCCUAAAGGUAAAGGCUUUGUGCCUCCUCCACCAGACACUCCAAUUGUCUUGCCCUCUUGGUUGUCUGAGGAAGACGUUAAUUACUAUGCCUGCAAAUAUGAGAAGACAGGCUUCACCGGGUCUGUCAACUACUACAGAAAUUUAGACCUAAACUGGGAACUCACCGCCCCGUGGACUGGGACCCAAGUAAAAGUUCCGGCGAAGUUCAUUGUUGGAGACCUUGACCUGACCUAUAACGCUCCAGGCACCAAGGAAUACAUACAUAAGGGUGGGUUCAAGAAAUACGUGCCAUUUCUGCAGGACGUAAUUGUACUGGAAGGAGUUGGACACUUUCUCCACGAGGAGCGACCUGAUGAGAUCACCAAACACAUUUAUGAUUUCUUUCAGACAUUCUGAUUUGCGUUUUCACACCCCACCCACUCUGAUGUUGGAUCAUUGGCUUCUUGUUCUCUGAUCCCCUCCUGGGCUAUUUGUGUUGUGUGGCUGUCAGUGUGUUUGCUCUGCCUUUCUGCAAUAAGUAGUAGUUGAUACUCUACACAUGUCAAUAAAUUAAUGUGUCGGCUGGCCAUAUUUCCUGUAACUUUCUAAGCCUUACUUAUAUGAAUCUCCAAUGUUUAAUUUGGUUUGAUU